AUGCCGAACGCCAGAGGAUCGGCUGCGUACAAGAAGAAAGACGGCACCCUGAGCAUCUCCAAAGAUCAAACAUCCAUCCUAUGGAUCCCUAUCCAGAGCCAAGACGCUCCCAGCGUGACCAUCAAAGUUGCGGAUAUUACCAAUCUGCAACAGACUCCCGAGUCCGCAGCAAAGGUGAUGCUGAAGAUCUUUGAAAAGUCACCUGAUGCAGCUGAGCCGGUCACUCAUCUCUUUCACUUCAACUCCCCUGCGAAUCCUCGAGGGGAAGCAAAUGCCAUCAAAGAUGUCUUGACCAACCUAAUCAGCGCGGCCAAGGCUGCUGAUGCCAGUGUGCCCAGAGCAAAUGGUGCUGCUCCCGCAUCGGCUGCGAUGGCCAUCGCCAGUGCCGUCAAGUCUGGGACGAAUCGAUGGUAUGAUGAUGCGCAGCUGAAGACAGACAUCGAAUUGCAGCAGUCGCUCAUGAAGAAGGACCCGGCUCUGCACAGAACUUACAUGGAGGCAAGGCGGACAAAGCCAGACACCAUUUCUGACUCUCAAUUCAAUUCCCAGUUUUGGUCUACCCGCACGAAUAUAUUGCGGGCACACGCCGUUGAAACGCAUCAGAAGAGGGGAGCUUACAAUGUUCUGUCUGCGGUGAAGCCACGCCAGGUCGAUGGGGAGCUCAAGAUGAACAUCAGCGCCGAGCAAGUCCAGCUUAUUUUUAGUCAACAUCCAUUAGUGAAACGCGUAUACGAUGAAAAUGUCCCCAAACUUAACGAGAUGGAGUUCUGGUCGCGAUUCUUCCUCAGCCGAUUAUUCAAGAAGCUGAAAGGCGAACGCAUCACUGAGGCAGACAGCACUGAUCCUACCUUCGACCGAUAUCUUGACGCCAGCAAUGACGAUGGCCUAUCCAAGAGAUUGCUUGAUAGCCAUGUCCCUCAUAUUAUCGAUCUCGAAGGAAACGAAGAGAAUCAAGGUGGUGUUAAGAGCGGAAACCGGAAGGACUUCACCAUGAGGCCAGGCUCGGCGGCCAAGGUGCCGAUUGUUCGCACCCUCAACAGCUUGAGUGAGAAGAUCAUGGCCCAUGUUGCCCCUUCUGAUAUAGACCCUGCCAACCCAAUUGGUAUGGAUGAGGAGACUUUCAAUUCGCUAGCACUCCGGGAUCUACAAGGAGACGCGGAAGAAAACCGCAUCAUGCUGAACAUCAAAGAGCAGACUCAGUUUUUCUCGAAUGAGAAAACUGAAAUGUCUUCAGAGGCGGCCUUAUAUGCAAAACAAGUGCCCUCAGAAGUGCUGCUUGAGUUGCAGAGUGAUCUUGAUCCCACGAUCAUGGAUAGCGAUGCUGCUGGUGGGUUAGACCUACGCUCUGCGAUUGGCGUUUUGGAAGACAGUGAUAGUGAGGAAGACGAAGAAGAAAAGGUCGCGCACGUUGGUAGCAAGGCCAGUCGAAUGGACGCUCAAAAGCAGAUAUUGGAGGGUGUUGCUGCGCGACGAAUCGAUAUCGAUGGUUUAAGCUCUCAAAACGCCAUGGCGGGGUUAUCCCAGAAGUUAUUCGACAGGUUGACAUUGACACAUGCAACUACGACCGAAUUUCUUCAUCAUUUCUGGUUGAUCUUCCUCUCUGGCGAUCCUGACCGUGCUGGGGAGCUUGCUAAAAUGGUAGAAACUCUUGAGCGAGCCAUGGAUCGGAUCAAUGCAGUCGCUGCCGAUGCCGAAAAGGAGAGAGAGGAGAUCAUCCAGAAGCAGAAACAGCAUAUCAGGGAUGUUUGGGAGCAAACUGGAAAGAAGUUAAAGUGGAAUGCGAAUUCCGUAGGGGGUGGCGAAUUAGUAGUGAAACAAAUGAUGGAACCAACCAUCAAGACUUUACAGAAAGCAACAAGGGAAUAUCAGAAGGCCUUGGCUUCUGAGGGAAUAGACACAUCAUGA